AUGGCUAAACAGCUGCUGCAGCUGCUAAUUGUUGUGAUCAUUUUUUCAGCGACUCAAACUCAAACUCAAUCCAUUCCAAUGCAAAAACCGAACUGCCCCAACAACUGUGGCUCCCUUACCAUUCCCUUCCCAUUUGGCACCACCGAGGAAUGUUCACUAGAUAGCUCAUUUAUCAUCACAUGCAACCAAACCUCUUCACCACCCACACCUUUCUUGAGCGAAAGUAAUACAACUGUGCUAAAUAUCUCACUCAACGGUGAACUGCAGAUUUCAUAUCCUGUAGCCAGCGAUUGUUACACUGAAGGAGGCAAGCGUGUGAACCAAACAAUUCAAGACCUCAAUCUGAAACAUUUUCACAUCUCUUCAAAACGAAACAAGUUCACCGUGGUUGGUUGUGACACGCUUGCACUUGUUCUCGGAGUUGAAUCUGAUCAGGGAAAGAACUACACCACUGGAUGUAUCUCUCUGUGCAAUAGGCGUGAUGAUAUUGUAGCUAAUGGUUCUUGCUCUGGCACUGGUUGUUGUGAGACUUCAAUACCUGAAGGUCUAUCGGGUUUUGCCUAUAUUUCUACUAGCUUGAAUAACCACACCGACGUGCUUGACUUCAAUCCAUGCGGUUAUGCUUUUCUGGUGGAAGAAGGAGCCUACAGCUUCUUGUCCACAGACCUCGUCCACUUUGAGAAGACAACGUUUCCUGUUGUGUUGGAUUGGGCAGUGGGGAACCAAACGUGCCAAGAAGCUCGGAAAAAUGUUUCAAGUUAUGCCUGUGUGUCACAGAACAGUGAAUGUUUCAAUGCAACGGAGGGACCUGGUUACCUCUGCAACUGCUCUCAUGGUUUUCAAGGAAACCCUUACCUCCCUCAUGGUUGCCAAGAUAUUAAUGAAUGCGCGGAAUCAAACGAAUGCAUUGAUGGGGCAAAAUGCAUCAACGUUCUUGGGGGCUACAAUUGUUCUUGUCCGAAAGGAUAUGAAGGAGAUGGCAAAACAACAUGCCAUCGCAAACCCAGGAGAGAUAUCAUACUGAUUAUUGCUUUGAGUGUGAGUGUAAUGGUCAUAGCACUGCUCAUUGGAAGCUUUUAUGUGUAUUGGGCAUUGAAGAAGAGAAAGCUCAUCAAACUUAAAGAACAAUUUUUUCAACAAAAUGGUGGCUUAUUAUUCCAACAACAGAUAGCAAGGCAUAGAGGGUCAACUGAAACAGCUAAAGUCUUCACUGAGGCGGAGUUAAAGGAUGCCACCAACAACUUUGAUGAAGGAAGAGUCCUAGGCCAAGGUGGCCACGGAACAGUUUACAGAGGAAUAUUACAUGAUAACAGAACUGUAGCAAUAAAAAAGUCCAAAAUCAGUGACCCAAGCCAGAUUGAGCAAUUCAUCAAUGAAGUGGUCCUUCUUUCACAAAUCAACCAUAGGAAUGUGGUAAAGCUCUUGGGCUGUUGUCUAGAGACACAAGUUCCCUUGCUUGUUUAUGAAUUCAUCCCCAAUGGUACUAUCCAUGAGCAUCUUCAUGAUCAAAGCAAUUCUAUAAAACUUACAUGGAAAACAAGAUUGAGAAUAGCAACAGAAGCUGCAGGGGCCCUGGCAUACUUGCAUUCUUCUAUUUCUACACCAAUCAUACACAGAGAUGUGAAAACUACAAAUAUACUACUUGAUCAUAAUCUCAUUGCAAAGGUUUCUGAUUUUGGAGCUUCAAGGAUUGUUCCUCUUGAUAAAAAUCAGCUAACCACUUUGGUGCAGGGGACACUGGGUUAUCUUGAUCCAGAAUACUUUCAGACAAGCAAUUUAACAGAGAAGAGUGAUGUCUAUAGUUUUGGGGUUGUCUUAGCAGAGUUACUGACAGGAAAGAAGGCACUCUCAUUUGAAAGGCCAGAGGAAGAUAGAAACCUUGCAGUUUACUUCCUUUCUUCUCUGAAAGAGGGUAUGUUACUUAACAUUGUGGACAGCCAUAUAACAGAUGAUGCAAAUGUUGAGCAACUAAGGGUAGUUUCCGAUAUUGCAAAAAGGUGUUUAAGGGUGAGGGGAGAGGAGAGACCCACCAUGAAAGAAGUGGCAAUGGAACUUGAGGGGCUAAGAGUUACGGAAAAGCACCGGUGGGAAAGUGUCAAUUUGUCUUCAGAAGAGACUGAGAAGUUGCUCAAAGCAGCACCAUCUGCUUUCAAUGUGGAAGAUAGUGCUGGUGGAAGUGGCGUUACUUAUGGCUUUGAUAGCAUAAACCGGAUUUCGAUUUCAUUGGGUGGUGGAAGAUGAUUACUGUUGUUGGAAGUGAACUAUUUUGGUGAAAGAAUAGGGGAAUUGAUACAAACCCAAAGCUAACUCCCACGUAGCAAGCACGUUUUCAUUUUCAGUUUUCUAGGAUGUAUUUC